AUGCCAACUUUGAUCGAAAGUGUGUUCGAUGAUGAAGAUGAUGAUGCAAUGGAGACGUUGAAUUUGGUGACAAGACAAAAUUCGCCAAGUUCACCACUUCACGAUUCAUCGGCAAAAGAAAGUGAUGAAACUGGAUUCGCUUCGGGAUGGAAAAGGACUUUGGUUAAUGUGAAUAAGCUUUUUUGAAAUGAAAAAUGAAAAAUGAUGAUUUUGAAGCUCUGGAAGGCUUUCUAGCGUGAAAUUAGCUGAACAAUCGAUAUUUUCAGCUAUUUUCACUUCUGGAAGCCUGAAAAUCAGAAAAUUAUAGUUUUUAAGCUUCCAGUAGGCUUUCUAAAGUGAAAUCGGCUGAAAAAUCGAAAUUUUCAGCUAAUUUCACUCCUGGAAGCCUUCUAGAAGGAUUUUAUGGCUCCAGAAGGCUUUCAGAGAUAAAACCAGCUGAAAAUAUGGAAUUUUCAGCUAAUUUUACUCUUGGAAGCCUGAAAACCAGAAAAUUCUGAUUUUUGAGCCUCCAGAAGCUUGCAAGAGAAAAAAUUGCUGAAAAAUCAAUAUUUUCAGCUAAUUUCACUCCGGGACGCCUUCUGGAACCACAAAAACCUGAGAAUCAUGUUCCAGAAGGCUUUCUGAAGUGAAAUCAUCUGAAAAAUCGAUAUUUUCAGCUAUUUUCACUUCUGAAAGCCUUCUGAAACUUUAAAAAUGUGAAAAAUUUACCUCUCGACCUUCCAGAAGGCUUUCAGACGUAAAAUUAGCUGAAAAUAUGGAAUUUUCAGCUAGUUUUACAUCUGGAAGGCUUUUUUCGUCUGGAAACCUUCUAAACUUAGAUUUUCAGCUGAAAAUCAGGUUUUGAAGCUUCCAGAAGGCUUUCAGAAGUAAAAUUCGCUGAAAAUAUGAAAUUUUCAGCUAAUUUCACUACUGGAAGCUGUCUAGAAUGCUUUUAAGCUUCCAGAAGGCUUUCUAGAUGUAAAAUCAGCUGAAAAAUCGAUAUUUUCAGCUCUUUUCACUUCUGGAAGCCUGAAAAUCAGAAAAUUUCAGUUUUUUAGCUUCCAGAUGGCUUGCCGAAGUGAAAUCAGCUGAAAAAUCGAUUUUUUCAGCUAAUUUCACUUCUGGAAGCCUUCUGAAACUUUAAAAAUGUGAAAAAUUUACCUCUCGACCUUCCUGAAAGGCUUUUUUCGUCUGGAAACCUUUCUAAACUUAGAUUUUCAGCUGAAAAUCAGGGUUUGAAGCUUCCGGAAGGCUUUCAGAAGUAAAAUUCGCUGAAAAUAUGGAAUUUUCAGCUAAUUUCACUGCUGGAAGCUGUUAAGAAUGCUUUUAAGCUUCCAGAAGGCUUUCAGAAGUGAAAUCGGCUGAAAAAUCGAUUUUUUCAGCUAAUUUCACUUCUGGAAGCCUGAAAAUCAGAAAAUUCUAAUUUUUUAGCUUCCAGAAGGCUUUCUGAAGUAAAAUAUUCUGAAAAAUCGAUAUUUUCAGCUAAUUUUGCUUCUGGACGCUUUCUAGAAGGCUUUUAAGGCUCCAGAAGGCUGCCUGACGUGAAAUCAUCUGAAAAAGCGAGAUUUUCAGUCAAAAUCAUCGAUUUUUCACCAAAAAACCACUUUUCCCGUUCAAAAUCCGCUGAAAAUCUCGAAUUUUCAGCCGGAAAAAUACCGCGACAUCACCUCCGACGGUUUUUUCACACUUUCAAGUUGUUCUCCGGGAUUUGGUGUUCACGAGCUACUAAAUGACAGCCACGACAAAUGGUGGAAAACGAAUCAAAAUCUGCCGCAUCAAAUUUGGGUCGAGUUUCAGAAGAAGGUCGAUGUCAAAUAUUUGAUGUUGUAUGUCGAUUAUAAACAGGAUGAAUCGUUUUGCCCGGCUGAGUGAGUUUUUUGGCUGGAAAUCACGGUUUUUGGCUGAAAAUCCGCUGCAAAUCGCGAUUUUUAACCCCGGAAACCCUAAAAAUCCAAUUUUCAGACUGAAAAUCGAGCUCGGAUGGUCUCGCAACGACAUUUUCUACACCAAACACAAGUCUUGUAUCAAACCGCAAGGCUGGGUUGUAAGUUUGCAGAAAAACCGUGCCAGGCUUGCAUUUUCCAUCAAAAUCACAUGAAAAACCGUGCCAGACUUGCAAAAUCAAGCCACGCCCCUUUUUGAGCGCGAAAAUUGGAUAAACUAUGCCAGACUUGCAUUUUUCAUUGAAAUCAUAAUGAACACCGUGCCAGGGUUGCGUUUUUCUGUUCUAAAAGGGGCGUGGCUUAAUUUUGCAAGCCUGGCACGGUUUUUCUACCGAUUUUCAUGGAAAAUGCAAGCCUGGCACAGAUUUCCUUGAAUUUAUCCAAUUUUCCCGCUCAAAAAAGGGGCGGGGCUUAAUUCUGCAAGCCUGGCACAGUUUUUCCACUAUUUUUCAUGAAAUAUGCAACCCUGACACACUUUUUUUGCAGCGCCUGGACCUGGCAAAUCGAGAAACUCGUCGUCCAAAUCGCUGCAUGUUUUUGAUGCUGACAGUUUUGGCGAAUCAUGAAGGCGGAAGAGAUUGUAAUAUUAGGUGAGUGUUGUUUUUUGGGUGGGAAAUUUGAAAUUUUGGCUGAGAAUGAGCUCGAAAUCUGGAAUUUUUAGCUGAAAUUUGUCAGGAAGCAUGAAAUUUGACCUAAAAUUGAAAAAAAUGACCUGGAAAUCCAAAAACCAUGAUUUCUAGCUCAAAAUUCAACAAAAAUUCCGAAUUUUGGCUCAAAUUUCACUAAAAAUGUGAUUUCUAGCUCAAAAAUGGCAUAGAACUCGGAUUUUUGAGCUCAAAAGCCUGAAAAUGACCUAGAAAUCCAAAAAAAACAUGAUUUCUAGCUCAAAAAUAGCAUAGAACUCGGAUUUUUGAGCUCAAAAGCCUGAAAAUGACCUAGAAAUCCAAAAAAAACAUGAUUUCUAGCUCAAAAAUAGCAUAGAACUCGGAUUUUUGAGCUCAAAAGCCUGAAAAUGACCUAGAAAUCCAAAAAAAACAUGAUUUCUAGCUCAAAAAUAGCAUAGAACUCGGAUUUUUGAGCUCAAAAGCCUGAAAAUGACCUAGAAAUCCAAAAAAAACAUGAUUUCUAGCUCAAAAAUAGCAUAGAACUCGGAUUUUUGAGCUCAAAAGCCUGAAAAUGACCUAGAAAUCCAAAAAAAACAUGAUUUCUAGCUCAAAAAUAGCAUAGAACUCGGAUUUUUGAGCUCAAAAGCCUGAAAAUGACCUAGAAAUCCAAAAAAAACAUGAUUUCUAGCUCAAAAAUAGCAUAGAACUCGGAUUUUUGAGCUCAAAAGCCUGAAAAUGACCUAGAAAUCCAAAAAAAACAUGAUUUCUAGCUCAAAAAUAGCAUAGAACUCGGAUUUUUGAGCUCAAAAGCCUGAAAAUGACCUAGAAAUCCAAAAAAAACAUGAUUUCUAGCUCAAAAAUAGCAUAGAACUCGGAUUUUUGAGCUCAAAAAGCCUGAAAAUGACCUAGAAAUCCAAAAAAAACAUGAUUUCUAGCUCAAAAAUAGCAUAGAACUCGGAUUUUUGAGCUCAAAAGCCUGAAAAUGACCUAGAAAUCCAAAAAAAACAUGAUUUCUAGCUCAAAAAUAGCAUAGAACUCGGAUUUUUGAGCUCAAAAGCCUGAAAAUGACCUAGAAAUCCAAAAAAAACAUGAUUUCUAGCUCAAAAAUAGCAUAGAACUCGGAUUUUUGAGCUCAAAAGCCUGAAAAUGACCUAGAAAUCCAAAAAAAACAUGAUUUCUAGCUCAAAAAUAGCAUAGAACUCGGAUUUUUGAGCUCAAAAGCCUGAAAAUGACCUAGAAAUCCAAAAAAACAUGAUUUCUAGCUCAAAAAUAGCAUAGAACUCGGAUUUUUGAGCUCAAAAGCCUGAAAAUGACCUAGAAAUCCAAAAAAAACAUGAUUUCUAGCUCAAAAAUAGCAUAGAACUCGGAUUUUUGAGCUCAAAAAGCCUGAAAAUGACCUAGAAAUCCAAAAAAAACAUGAUUUCUAGCUCAAAAAUAGCAUAGAACUCGGAUUUUUGAGCUCAAAAGCCUGAAAAUGACCUAGAAAUCCAAAAAAAACAUGAUUUCUAGCUCAAAAUUCAGCAAAAAUUCCGAAUUUUGGCUCAAAUUCAUGAAAACUGUGAUUUAUAGCUCAAAAAUGGCAUAGAACUCGGAUUUUGAGCUCAAAAGCCUGAAAAUCGCCUGAAAAUUAAAAAACAUGAUUUCUAGCUCAAAUUUCAGUAAAAAUGCCGAAUUUUGGCUCAAAUUCAUGAAAACUGUGAUUUAUAGCUCAAAAAUGGCAUAGAACUCGGAUUUUGAGCUCAAAAGCCUGAAAAUCGCCUGAAAAUUAAAAAACAUGAUUUCUAGCUCAAAAUUCAGCAAAAAUUCCGAAUUUUGGCUCAAAUUCAUGAAAACUGUGAUUUAUAGCUCAAAAAAUGGCAUAGAACUCGGAUUUUGAGCUCAAAAGCCUGAAAAUCGCCUGAAAAUUAAAAAACAUGAUUUCUAGCUCAAAUUUCAGUAAAAAUUCCGAAUUUUGGCUCAAAUUCAUGAAAACUGUGAUUUAUAGCUCAAAAAUGGCAUAGAACUCGGAUUUUGAGCUCAAAAGCCUGAAAAUCGCCUGAAAAUUAAAAAACAUGAUUUCUAGCUCAAAUUUCAGUAAAAAUGCCGAAUUUUGGCUCAAAUUCAUGAAAACUGUGAUUUAUAGCUCAAAAAUGGCAUAGAACUCGGAUUUUGAGCUCAAAAGCCUGAAAAUCGCCUGAAAAUUAAAAAACAUGAUUUCUAGCUCAAAAUUCAGCAAAAAUUCCGAAUUUUGGCUCAAAUUCAUGAAAACUGUGAUUUAUAGCUCAAAAAUGGCAUAGAACUCGGAUUUUGAGCUCAAAAGCCUGAAAAUCGCCUGAAAAUUAAAAAACAUGAUUUCUAGCUCAAAUUUCAGUAAAAAUGCCGAAUUUUGGCUCAAAUUCAUGAAAACUGUGAUUUAUAGCUCAAAAAUGGCAUAGAACUCGGAUUUUGAGCUCAAAAGCCUGAAAAUCGCCUGAAAAUUAAAAAACAUGAUUUCUAGCUCAAAUUUCAGUAAAAAUGCCGAAUUUUGGCUCAAAUUCAUGAAAACUGUGAUUUAUAGCUCAAAAAUGGCAUAGAACUCGGAUUUUGAGCUCAAAAGCCUGAAAAUCGCCUGAAAAUUAAAAAACAUGAUUUCUAGCUCAAAAUUCAGCAAAAAUUCCGAAUUUUGGCUCAAAUUCAUGAAAACUGUGAUUUAUAGCUCAAAAAUGGCAUAGAACUCGGAUUUUGAGCUCAAAAGCCUGAAAAUCGCCUGAAAAUUAAAAAACAUGAUUUCUAGCUCAAAUUUCAGUAAAAAUGCCGAAUUUUGGCUCAAAUUUCACUAAAAAUGUGAUUUCUAGCUCCAAAAUGGCAUAGAACCCGGAUUUUUGAGCUCAAAAGCCUGAAAAUCGCCUAGAAAUUCAAAAAAACAUGAUUUCUAGCUUAAAUUUCACUAAAAAUCCCAAAAUUUCAGACAUUUCCGCGUAAUUUCACCGUCCAAACCACAAUACGAUCCAUUGGACCGCAUCACCCUUGGAUUACUGCCAAGUUUACGUUUCAUCAAAAUCCGCGACGCGGACAGCCGCGAAGAUUUCCGCAACACAAUUAUGAACAGUGUGACGAGUCUAAGAUGA